AUGCCCCUUCGGCGGCCACCUUCCACCCCGGGCCUGUCACGGCAUCCCGGAGGCGCCGCCCGGUUUCCGGCGCGCCGAAAUCUCGAGCGCCUUCCGCGCGGUCCGAGGGCGGCGUGCCGAUCGGCGGACGGCCCAGGCGGGACAGCGCUCAAUGGCGCGGCGCCCGGUGGAUUGGGUUCCUCGAUCGUGCCGAUCGAUCGACAUGCCCGGGCUGCGCGCACGGGUGGAUCGGCGGCGGGGGAUGGGGAUGGGGAGGCGGGCUGGGCGGCGGACGGCGCCCUGCCGGAGACACUGGCGCUGGGGGAGGCCGUGGGGCGGGGCACCUUCGGGCGCGUGCUGGCCGCGCGGUGUGCCGUGACCGGCGUGGAAUACGCCGUCAAGGUGCUGAGGAAGAGGAGGGUGGGGUUCCCCUCGCACGUGAUGAGGGCCAAGAUUUUGAAUGAGGUGUCGCUGUGGAAAGACGUGCAAGGCUGCGAUGACGUUGUCCACCUCCACAAGUGCUACGAGGACAACGACCACAUGUACUUAGUGCAGGAUUUUUGCGCGGGAGGCACUCUUGAUGAUGUCAUGAAGGCAAGACAGUGCCUUGGUGAGGCUGAGGCUGCCUUCACGAUCACUGGCAUCCUUCGAAUGGUGCGCAAGUGCCAUGCACAGCACAUCGUCUAUGGGGAUGUGAAGCCUUCGAAUUUUGUGGUGUGCCCAUCAUCGCCCUCAGCUGCUGUGGACGGGGAGCCUGGGGCUUGUGGUGUUGCUCUCAAGGCAGUUGAUUUUGGCUCUGCCAAGAAGUUGGAGGCGGGAGCAGCAAGCAUAAUGGUUGAAUGCGGAUCGCCUCUUUAUGCUGCACCGGAAGUUCACGAGCCGCCAUAUGGCCUUGAGUCGGAUGUGUGGUCGAUCGGGGUGCUGCUAUACCAGCUGCUGUCUGGGGAGCCACCAUUCGUGAAGGCUGUUGCAAAGACCAUGCGCGAUCUUAACCCAACAUCGUUGGCAUAUGCAAUCACCUAUGUCAAGCUGAACUUUGAUGGCGACGUUUGGGAGCACAUCUCUGGUGGUGCCAAGGACCUGAUCUCCAAGAUGCUGGAGCGCGAUGUGCAAAAGAGGAUCACGGCCGCGGAUGCACUGCGUCACCCUUGGAUUAAACUGCAUGUUGGAGAGCCAGGAGCCAGCCAAGCAGGAGCAGUGUGUGGCAACAUCGUCAGCAAGGAAGGUGGUGUACAGAAACGAACCGAAAGUGAGCGAGGGGCUUGA